AUGAAGACAACAGUGGAGGCUAUAACUUUGGCAAUGAUAGAAGAAAGGUUGUAUAAAAAGCUGAGUUUGGAUGAAAGGAAUGUAAAACUGGCGUUGAGGUACAAGCCGAUGGUGUUUGGAUGUGAAGUAUCAGAAGAGUGCAGAAUUUGUGAUGAUGAUGAGUUGUUCGGUUACCUUCUUUCCAUUGACAAAGACAACCGUAGAAGUCUUUUGUUAGUGGAGGAGACGAGUAACUCGGAUCACCACUUAGAUAAGCUGUCGAGAGUGGGCGGAAGUUCGUUUGGUAUGAAUCACGAAGUGUUGCAGGGAAAUGAUAAUGAAGAAGUCGGAUCUAACGCCAUAACUCUGUACGUUGAAAAGGGGCAAGAAAAUCUACAGGCAGAGAAUGGUGAUGAUACAACACAUGAUGAUUUUAUGGAUACAGACGACACUGCAGCUGAGACGGAGACUGCAGCUGAGACGGAGACUGCAGCUGAGACGGAGACUGCAGCUGAGAUGGAUAGCAGUGCUAAUAUAGAAACCGUUAUGAGAGUUACGUAUAUUGAGCAGCCACCUUUACUGAAAUGUAGUCAAGUUAUAGAGGAAUGGGGAGACGGUUUGGGUCUGUUCAAGCUGCAGGAAUUUCCAAACAAGAGAUCACUUCAAGAGGUGGUGGAUAGAGCUGCAUUUGGUGAAAGCUUUCGUUAUGUUAUCAAAAAAUCUGAUCGUAAACGGUUGGUGUUAAAAUGUUGUUAUGAAAGCUGUAAAUGGGGAUUGCGAGCUGCGAGGAUUGGAGUUACGGAUAUUUUUUCUGUUAGGAGGUACGUGGGUGUGCAUACAUGCUCUCGGACUAGUCAAAGUAAUAGCUGCAACAUCAAGAGGAAAGGCUCUGCAGAAUUAGUUGCAACUUUUUUGAAUGAGGAAUAUCCUGGAAAACUGAGGACUCCUCUCCCGAGAGAUAUCAUGGAUUUAAUAAAGUUAAAAUUGGGUGUAUCAGUAUCUUACUCUACAGCCUUGAGAGGGAAAAAUCUAGCUAUGCGUGAGUUGCGUGGUAAUUCAGAAGACAGCUACAAGAUGUUGUAUAGCUACUUGCACAUGCUAGAGCAGGUUAAUUCCGGAACAACAACAAAGGUGGAGUUGGAUGAGGCAGGAAAGUUCAAGUACCUUUUCAUAGCUUUAGGAGCUUGCAUUGAAGGGUUUAAGGUCAUGAGGAAAGUGAUUCUUGUGGAUGCAACGUUUUUGAAGAACGGAUAUGGUGGUGUACUAGUAUUUGCUAAAGCUCAAGAUCCUAAUCGUCACCAUUAUCCCCUCGCGUUUGGGGUACUGGACGGUGAGAAUAAUGCUAGUUGGACUUGGUUUUUUGAGAUGCUGAAAACUGUUAUACCAGACUCGUCUGAAAUAGUAUUUAUGAGCGAUAGGAAUCAGAGCCUCAUCACCGCUGUAGCAAAUGUGUAUCCACAAUCUCACCAUGGCCAUUGUAUAUGGCAUCUAGCUCAGAAUGUGAGAAAUCAUGCUUGUAACACCAUCAAAGCCGUAGUGGCAUGGAGAUUUAUGGAGUUGGCUAGGUAUUACACAUUGCAUGAGUUCGAGUCUGCUUAUGCAUCUUUUAAGGUGAGAUAUCCUUCAACCUUCAAAUAUUUGGAGGAAAACACUAAGAGAGAAACAUGGGCUAGGGUGUAUUUUCCAGGUUGUAGAUACAACUUGGACACUAGCAACAGUGUGGAGUCGAUGAAUAGCGCGUUUAGGGAUGCCUUGAUACCACUGUUGGAUACAAUAAUCAAGGAGAAAACGCCAGUGCGUGAGCUGAAUAGUUAUGAUCUUGAGUACGAGGUAACCGACACUGACGAUGGGAAGGUUUAUUUGGUGAACUUGAUAGCGAAGACAUGUAGCUGUAAGGUAUAUGAUUAUGAAAAGUAUCCUUGUCUUCACGGACUUGCUGCUUACUUAUAUUUCCUUGAGGUUCCUGCUGCUCAUGGUCGUCGACGUGAGGUCAACAUAGAGUAUCAUCAGUUGAGCUCACAGUAUUACUGGACAGAACUUUGGGCAAUGGCUUAUUACAGGACCAUUUAUUCUGUGCCGGAUAAGUCUGAAUGGAAUGUACCAGAUCACAUCAAACUGCUCCAGAUCAUACCUCCAAAAAAGCAAACGAGGAAGGGAAGGAAAAAGGUUAAUAGGAAUCCAUCAGUUGGAGAACGGCGUAAAAGGACACAAAAUGUAAGGCGACCGAGGACAAAUUUCGGGUUUAGUUGGCUGUUGUUUGGAGUGCGUACUAAUAAUCCAAGUGAACCAAACAAUCCAAGUGAACCGAACUAG